UUGGAGCACCUGCUCUGUCUUCCAGCCCCAGCGUGCUUCUCCUCACGGUACGGCCUGGCGCUGCUCUCCUGCUAUGGCUUCUUCGUGGUCUACUCCCUGAGGGUAAACCUUAGCGUGGCCAUGGUGGACAUGCUCAACAGCACGCGCCAGAACAGCGCCAACCACAGCAGCUCGGUGUGUCCGGCUCACGCCGACCCUCCGCGCCCCAAACACAACCACACGGCCAGCGUGUACAACUGGGACUCUGAGACCCAGGGCUGGAUCCUGGGCUCUUUUUUUUAUGGCUACAUCCUGACCCAGGUCCCAGGGGGCUACCUGGCCGGCCGCUUUGGCCCCAAAUGGCUGAUGGGCUUUGGAAUCCUGGGCACCGUGGUUUUUACGCUCCUCACCCCUGUGGCUGCAGAUCUGGGUGCAGGGUACCUGAUUGCUGUGAGGGUGCUGGAGGGCAUUGGAGAGGGUGUCACAUUUCCUGCCAUGUACACCAUGUGGGCAGCGUGGGCCCCUCCACUGGAGAGGAGCCGACUGCUCACCAUUUCAUACAUCGGAGCCCAGCUGGGGACUGUCAUCUCUCUCCCCCUGUCUGGGGAAAUCUGCUUCUACCUGGACUGGACCUACGUCUUCUACGUCUUUGGUGCUGUUGGCUUACUGUGGUUCGCUCUUUGGGCUUUUCUUGUCUUUGACACUCCAAACACUCAUCCGCGGAUAUCCGAGCGCGAGAGGCUCUACAUCACCACGUCCCUGAAAAAUGAGCUGGCCACCUCCUCGGGCCACAUCCCCUGGCGGGCCAUCGUUACGUCCACUCCACUGCUGGCCAUCGUUGUGGCUCACUUCUCCUACAACUGGACCUUCUACACUCUGCUCACCCUGCUGCCGACCUACAUGAAAGACAUACUGGGCUUCAGCAUACAGCAGAACGGCAUGCUGUCAGCUCUGCCCUAUUUGGGCUGUGCUGUGCUGGCCGUGCUCAGCGGUCAGCUUGCCGACUACCUGCGGGAAACCUGCCGCUACACGACCGUUGCCGUGAGGAAGUCCUUCUCUCUUAUUGGUAUGAUCGGGCCCGCGGUGUUCCUGGUAGCAACAGGUUACACAGGCUGCAACUACACCUUAGCUGUGACAUUCCUCACCAUAUCGUCUUCUCUGGGGGGGGUGUCGGCCUCUGGCUUCAACAUCAACCAUCUGGACAUUGCUCCCUCGUAUGCUGGAAUUCUGCUUGGAAUCACCAACACGUUUGCCACUAUUCCUGGCAUGGUGGGACCCGUCAUAGCAAGAGCUCUCACCCAAAACAACACUAUAGAGGAGUGGCAGACUGUGUUCUACAUCGCUGCUGGCAUCAACCUGUUCGGAGCCUUGUUCUACACGGCGCUGGGGCGGGGGACGGUGCAGCCCUGGGCCGUCCACGCCUCCUACUCCCACGGAGACUGA